CAGUGGGGAGGGAAAGGCCCGGAGAUCCCCCCGGAGGAGGGGCUCCAAAGCCAGCCCAGGGUGCUCUGAGGAGGAAAGACCCACCCUGUGCCGGGAAGGCGGACGGACCUUCAUCCAGAGCCCUGACCUGAUGGUCCACGUUGAGUUUCACCCCAGAGAGAAGUCCUACAGUUGCUUGGAAUGUUCGAAGAGCUUUGGCCAGAUCUCCACCCUCUUCUUCCACCAACGGGUUCACACUGAGGAGGGCUCCAUGUGCACUUGGAAUGCGAGAAGAGCUUCAACCAGAGCUCCAAGCUUUGCACCCACCAAUCCAUGCACACUGAGGAACAGCCCUACAAGUGUCAGAAAUGUGGGAAGAGCUUCGGCCGGAACUUUCACCUGAAGCGCCACCAGAUGAUCCACAUGGGGGAACAGCCCUACACGUGUGGGAAAUGUGGGAAGAGCUUCAGUGACCAGUCCAACCUCAUCACCCACCAGCGCCUGCACACAAAGGAACGGCCCUAUAAGUGCCCUGAGUGUGGGAAGAGCUUCAGCGUCAGGUCCAACCUGAUCUGCCACCAGAAGAUCCACAGUGGGGAACAGCCCUACGAGUGUCUCAAGUGUUGGAAGAUGUUUCUGACCAGCUCACAUCUCCUCCUGCAUUGUCAAACACACACAGGGGAGAGACCCUUCCUCUGCACCCGCUGUGGGAAGAGCUUCACCCGCAGCUCCCACCUCGUCACCCACUGGCGCAUCCACAGCGGGGAGAGGCCCUACACGUCUGACAAGUGUGGGAAGAGCUUCAGGCAGAGGUGCUGCAGCAGCAUCCCCGGGGAACAGGGACAGGGCAGGACCGGGCUGGCAUCACCCUCCUGA